AUGUUUAUUCUUACAACAAUAUCAGAUCUGGUACAGAUAUCCCCAGAAGACUUUUCAAAGCUUAGCGCUGUCGCGAUUGAAGAUAAUAUCAACGAAAAAUAUGCCAAUAAGGUGAUUCAAAAUGUUGGUCUCUGCAUUGGUUUCUAUGAUCUGCUUGAAUCAUCGGACGGCCUGAUUGGUCAUGGAACGGGACUUGUCAACGUUAAUGUAAGAUUCCGAGUGAUCGUAUUUCGGCCGUUUAAGGGCGAAGUCAUUCUAGGAAAGAUAAUGAGUGGUACAGAGCAAGGCAUCAAAAUUGGCCUCGAGUUCUUCUCUGAUAUUCUAAUACCACCAAGUCUCUUACUUGAUGGUGCAAAAUUUGAUUACACCGAUCAGGUAUGGAUCUGGGAUAAUGGUGAAGGUGCAAUAUUUUACUUUGAUAUUGGCGAAACAGUUCGCUUUAGAGUAGAAGCCGAGGAGUGGAAUGACCAGAUUCCAAAUGCCCCUGAUAUUCCAGACGGCUCAGCCGUACUAGAGCGCAAGGCGCCUUAUUCGAUAAUAGGCUCAAUGCAAAUCGCAGGUCUUGGGCUUAUUGCUUGGUGGUCAUGA